GGCCCCAAAGUUUUGGCUGUAAUGUGAUCUUACUGUAAUCACAGUAAGAUCUUGGAACACAGCAUCACUGCAAAAAUAAAUUCAGAUGUGGAAAGAAACACAAACAGAAAGCAGUAAUAAUCCCUCAGUGCAUAUGUGAACCAGGAUGUGCACAGUUGGAGCAUGUGAUAAGUAAAAUGUUAUGACCAAAUUACACAAAUAAAACCUCAGUCUGAAUAAAGUGGAACUGAUCCUUAAUGAACUCCAUUUCAUCUUCAGUCAUCUUUUCAGGCAGCUUCCUCUCUGAUCUGAACCAGGUCUAACUCUAACAUCAGAAGGAGGGACAUCAUGGCCCAGGAGACCAACCGCAGCCCAGCUCCUCUGCUCUGUACCACAGGCUGUGGUUUCUAUGGGAACCCCAGCAAUAACGCCAUGUGUUCAUUGUGCUACAAGGACUUCCUACAGAGACAGAAUGGCAGUGGACGAGUGAGCUCCACAGGUUUCUCUUCUGCUGACAGCAGUACAGGAGAGUGUGUCCUCACACAGUGCUCUGACAGGACUACAGUCACUUCACCAGCAGACACAGAGUGUGGACACAGCAGAACAACAUCAGCCUCAGUGACCUCAACUGAAGAAAAUACCUCAAGAGCAAAGAGCAGUCUGUCAGCUAAUGAUUUACAAAUGUGUGAAGUCGUAGCGGACUCACCUGCAGACGCAGAAGAGAAGCCAAAAGCCAAGAAAAACCGCUGCUUCACCUGCCGCAAGAAAGUGGGCCUGACUGGUUUUGACUGCAGAUGUGGACAGGUGUUCUGUAGCACACAUCGAUACUCAGACGUUCACAGCUGCUCCUUCGACUACAAAGCUGACGCUGCAGAGAGGAUAAAGAAGGACAACCCCGCCAUUGUAGGAGAGAAGCUCCAUAAAAUCUAAAACUGUUCAGACCAUUCAUCAGUAAAUAAACAUCAACCACUCUUAUGAUGGACACCUUUAAGUUUAAUGUUCCUUAAUUCUUUUGUCAUCACCCAGUGUUUAAUACAUAAGUCAAUGAAUCAAGUCCUGUAAGUGAUUUUACACAGUCAGGUUCCUCAGCAGGCUUGUUCUUAUGUACAGUUAUAAAGAAUGCAUGUAAACUCACCAGUCAUCUUUACUUUCCACAGUUUUCUAUGCAGUUUUAUUUUAAAAAAAAGCCUUCACAUCAUCAAUAGAAAUCAGCUUUUUGUUUUAUUCUCUAAUUUAAAGUGUGUGAUGGAUCUUACUCAGUGUGUGUGUGUGUAUGUUUAUGAUGAGUGAUUAUGAGAAACAUUUACAGAGUUUACAGUAUGGGUGCACACAAGAAUGGCCAAGAGAUAUUAUGGCAUAUUUAUGUUUGUUCACAGUUUUAAAUGUUUAAUAAACUGUUCUCUGUUGU